AUGGCUAGUCUCUGGCUAGGCGAUAUCAAAUCUUUUUCCUGCGAAGUUCAUCCAGCAGUACCUAUGGCCAUUCUUCAACACUAUAUGAGACGCCCAAACAAAGACCAAGAAGUUAUAGGGCUUUUGUUGGGCACUCAAUCUGAAGGCCUAAUUCACAUUAAGCAUGCAAUCCCUCUCCAUCAUAUGGUCAAAGAUAACACCUUAAACUUUGCAAAGCCUCUUGCAACUGCUCAUUUCAACCAUGUUAUCGAAGCCUAUCCUAAAUGCUCACUAAUUGGUGCUUAUAGAACUGGAGAUCUGAAUCAUAUUGCAGUCACCUCAAUUCUUACUUACGAAAAAAUGUUCCCUGGGAAUAAUUUAAUUUUGCUAAACCUCCAGCUUUCUAGCAAAGGAAUACAAACUCAAUGCUACAAACUUGCAAGAAUGCGUAUAGGCUCUCUUGCAUUAUUCGAAGCAUUGCCAACAAAAAUCAUAACAGAGCCUUUAAAUAUUUUAUCAAAGCAAAGAAUUAGUAUACAAGAAUUAGUCUCUGCUUGCAAAAUUUAUGCAAAAGAAAUAAAUGCAGGAAGGAAGCAGCCAGACAAAAAGAUUUCGCUUUUGCUCUCAAGAGCGAUAGGACUGACAGGAAAAUUUGAGAAAAGCGGAUCUACUGACAUAGAGCUUGUAAAUGAAAUUGCUGAGCUUGUGCUGUCGCAAACUGUGAUUUCAGAUAAAACUAAUGAUUCUCUUUAA